UAUAUCGAGCGGGCAGGCUCGGGAGACGCUCGGUGACCGCUGUCUGAGCAGAUCGUCGGUACUCAGCACUCGCCGCAACCGCUUCAGGAGCCCGCCUCAUCCAGCCAGCGGCAACAUGUUCAUUGGCAUCACCUCCAGUGGUGGCAACGUUAACUCGCACUACGAUUAUUUAAUUUGAACAACACAGAGAUCGCACUCGACUGCACAAGGUUUCAAUAAAUAUGGCUCUGGAUUUUGUAGCUGGAUGCAUCGGAGGUAGUGUUGGUAUUAUAGCGGGACAUCCGUUGGACACUUUGAAAGUACACAUACAAUCGGGCCGAGGAAGCGCUUGGGAAUGUACGAAGACGCUUUUGAAAGGCGGGACAUUGUCGACGGCGUACCGCGGCGUAUGGGCACCGCUGGGAGGAAUAGCAGCAGUAAACGCGAUAGUAUUCGGCGCAUAUGGGAACACGAGAAGAGCGCUACCCAACCCUGACUCACUAACAACGCACGCCGCAGCUGGUGCAUCAGCAGGCCUGAUGCAAAGUGUCAUUUGUGCACCAGUCGAACUAGUGAAGACACGACAGCAACUUGCUACAGCGGGUGAAGGUAUGCCCAAGGGGGCGUGGGCGGGUGCUAGAUAUAUCCUUCAAACGGGAGGUUUUAAAGCACUUUUCCGCGGCCUGAGCAUUACAGCGGUUCGCGACAGUCCCGCGUUUGCUAUUUAUUUCACAUCUUACGAGGUGAUGACUAGAGGGAACCAGUCCGCCUUGAGAGUUUUUACAGCGGGGGGCGUGGCCGGCGCCCUCUCGUGGGUUUUAUUGUAUCCGAUUGACGUCGUAAAAUCCCGUAUACAAGGUGAUGCGAUCGGAAGAUACGUGGGCGCUUGGGACUGUUUUUUGAAGUCGAUACAGAGUGAAGGUUGGCGCUGCAUGGGACGCGGCCUCGGAGCGGUCACUUUGCGGGCUUUCGUGAGUAACGGUGCCUGUUUCUCUGCUGUGGUGUGGACAGAGAGGGCGUGGCAACACUUCACAUCGGACAAGGCUGUCAAGAAGUUGGUACAGGCCGCGGCGAUCAGUGACGCGGUGCUGCACGAGCCCGACUACAUCUGUGAUAUGUGAACACUCUGAAAGUUGAUAACGAACUUAAAGUUGUUAUAUUAACUGCCAUUUUAUAUUACCGAAUUAUUUGUUUGUUAAUACAGUCGUAUCGUUUUAAAGUAAA